CAAAGAAAAACUUCAAAAAUAAAGAAAAUUCCAUUCUCUCUUUCUCAUGGAAACUGGUCUCCUUCUCUCCAUCAUCUUCCUCACAACAACAUUCUCUUUCAUCCAUUCCACAAAAGCCAACCCCAGAGCCGACAUCAUCGCUAGAAUAUGCAGCAAUGACUACGCCCACAAUUUCUCCAAUUACCUCGACAGCUACUCCAAAAUUAUAACCCAGUUGCGAGAUGAACUGCCUAAGACCAAGUUCGCAUUCAAGGAAGCUGGAGAGCCUCCAGACAAAAUCUAUGUGUUGGCUCAGUGCAUGGAUGAUCUCUCCUCCCAGGAUUGUCAAGCCUGCUUCUCUCAGAUAAGUUCUCUUUUCCCUGGUUGCUUUCCUGCAACUGGCGGUCGUGUUUAUCUUGAUGGCUGCUUCCUUAGAGGCGACAAUUACAGCUUCUUUCAAGAUACUCUCACGCCCAUGGAUUAUUUGAGAUGCAGCGAUAGCAUCAGCGGUGUCCAGAAUUUUGAUAAUAUAGCCAAGAGUGUGAUUGAUGAACUGGUCAGGAUGACACCAAGUAGGGAUGGGUAUGCAGCAUAUGAUGAAAGUGCCAAUGGUAUAACAGUUUACGGUAUGGCUAGUUGUUGGAAGACUUUGGACCGUGAUAGUUGUGCAUCAUGCCUUGCUAGUGCAGCCAUUUCUGCCUUUGCUUGCUUCCCAUCUACAGAAGGGCGUGUGCUCAAUGCUGGCUGUUUUCUACGUUACUCUGAUUACAAAUUUGUUAAUGACCCCAAAUGGCUAGCAGCUCGAGAUGCUACAUUAUCAUUCAUCUCACACGUCGUUGGCGUGGUCAGUGUCUGCAUUUUGGCCACUAUUAUCGGGUUUUUCAUUGGUAAAGCUGCUUACCAAAAACGAAAUCAGCAAAAUGAAGCAAAUGAAAUUGAAGUGGACAGCUCGGUUGUAAAGAGAAGCUUGCAGUUCAAGUACACGACUCUUGAAAAAGCAACCGACUACUUCAAUGAAGCCAACAAACUUGGGCAAGGUGGAUUUGGUGAAGUGUUCAAGGGAACCUUACGAGAUGGCAGAGAAAUUGCUAUAAAGCGUUUAUUCAUAACGGGACAGAGUGGAGCUCAGGAGGUUUAUAACGAAAUAGACAUUAUAGGCAGUGCCUGCCACAAAAACUUGGUUCGUUUCCUUGGUUGCUGCUUCACCAGACAUGACAGCUUCCUUGUCUAUGAAUUCCUACCCAACAGAAGCCUCGAUCGAGUCUUAUUUGACACAGAGAAGAAGAAAGAACUACCCUGGAAGAUCAGGCUUGGUAUAAUCAUGGGAACAGCAGAAGGCUUAGAGUACCUUCACAAAGACUGUCACGUUCGAAUCAUUCAUAGAGACAUCAAGGCCAGCAACGUCUUAUUAGACUUCAGAUACAGACCAAAGAUUGCAGAUUUUGGUCUAGCAAGGUUUUAUUCCACUGACAGAGCCCUCACCAGCACUGCCAUUGCAGGCACACUAGGGUACAUGGCCCCUGAAUACCUAGCUCAGGGCCGAUUAACUGAAAAGGUGGAUGUUUAUAGCUAUGGAGUUCUCAUACUUGAGAUUGUCAGUGGUAUGCAGAAUAACAAAUUUCAGCUUGAUGACUCCCUCAACACUCUAGCCACUGCUACAUGGAAGCACUUUCAGUCAAAUACAAUGACUGAGAUUAUAGACAAGGGCAUGGAGAUUGAAGAUAUGGAAGAAGUCACAAGAGUAAUUCAGGUGGGUUUGUUGUGUACUCAAGAAUCACCCACUUUACGCCCUUCCAUGACUGAAAUAAUUCAAAUGCUUAAACAAAAGGAUGUCUCAUUGCCUAUUCCAUCCAAGCCUCCAUUCACUGAAGAAAAUUUGACAAUUUCUCCUGCAUUGGGGUCUCUUAGGAGACCAGCUGUGGAUUCAUUUGAUCUAUGUAUAUCUUGUGAUCAUUCUGAUACUGAGCUCAGAUAAUAAUAUGUUUUUCCCAUGAUCAUCUUCUGUUUGGAAGUCACUGCACAAGGUUUGA